AUGGGUCGCGAAACAGAAUCGGAUGGAUCAGGUUCAGAAUCAGGCUCUAGCCGAAGUAACAGCAGGAGUCGAAGUGGUACCCCACAAGUAGCACCAACACCCGGGUUUUCCUUGGAACAUCAUGAUUCUCGAUCCAACUCGCCAAAUCGACGCUCUCGUUCCGGCACACCGGUGCAGAACAGAAGUAGAUCAAAUUCAGCCGGUUCACAACGUUCGCGUUCGGGUUCGGGGGCAAGGUCACGUUCUGGUAGCAGAUCCCCCACUCCAGGCAGUGCACAGAAACGCCGUAGUAGAUCACGCAGCGGUUCCGGAUCACCGGCCGGUUCCCAAAGGUCUGGUUCCGGGUCGAGACAUUCACGCUCCCGUUCACGAUCCCGCUCGCAGGGAUCCGGAAGCGGAAGGUCUCGUAGCGGCACGCCACAAAACCGUUCUGGUAGUGGAACACCUGUGAAUAGAUCUCGCAGCGGUUCGGCUGCAUCUAGAUCUCCUGGUUCAGAACGCAAAUCUCGUUCUCGUUCCCGCUCUGUUCGUUCCGGCUCGGCACGAAGUCGCUCUGGAUCUGUGCAAUCUCCUGCAAAUGAAAAACGAAAGCGUGCAGUACUGAGCGAUUCUGACUCGGACGAUGGUGCCAAAAAGGAGGCAAAGAAGAAAAACAAACUUAUCGACACGGACUCAGAGGAAGAAGCCGGUUCCGGGAAGGAUGGUGCAGCGAAGGGUAAGGAUGUCACGGCCGAUGCACUGUUCGGCGAUGCCGAUGACAUAAGCUCGGAUGAAGCGGCCGGUGAUGAGUCUGGCCGGGAGCGUGAUGAACUGGACGAUCUGGAAGAUGAGCAGCGCAAACAGAAUCAGGCUAGGGAACGAUCACGGGAAAGAUCCAGAAGCCGAAGCCGAAGUCGCAGUAGAAGCCGUGAUAGCGAUCGUCGAUCGUCGGAUGAAGAAGGUAACCGGGAUCGGCUAGCACGUUGGGAGGAACCCAAAGAGCCGGAACCGGAACCGGAGCCAAUUCCGGAGACGCGAAUUGAUGUGGAGAUUCCCCGAAUCGUGACAGAUCUCGGACGGGACAUACAUUUCGUGAAGCUUCCCAAUUUCUUGUCGGUUGAGACGCGCCCGUUCGAUGUGGACACGUACGAGGAUGAAAUAGACGAAGAGGAAACGCUCGACGAGGAAGGUCGGCAGCGUUUGAAGCUGAAGGUGGAAAACACAAUCCGCUGGAGGAACAACAUCGACCGGCAGGGUAACGCACAGCGCGAAACAAACGCUCGGUUCGUCAAGUGGUCGGACGGCAGCAUGAGUUUGCAUCUGGGGUCGGAAAUUUUCGAUGUGUACAAGCAGCCCCUCCAAGGUGACCACAACCAUCUGUUCAUUCGGCAGGGUACGGGUUUGCAGGGUCAGUCCGUGUUCCGCACAAAGCUUACCUUCCGGCCACACUCAACCGAAUCGUUCACCCAUCAGAAGAUGCUCAUCUCGUUGGCCGAUCGUUCGCAGAAAACAUCUGGCAUUAAGAUCCUUACGCAGGUCGGGUUCGAUCCCGAUGCGGAUCGGAAGCAGAACCUCAAGAAGGAGGAAGAGAAGCUGCGCAUGGCGAUGCGUGCAAAACAGACGUCCUCGAAACCGAAGCGAGGUCGGGACUCGGGCGCCAAUGCUGGCAAUGCGUACCACCAUGAUGAGGGAUCAGAUGACGAGGGUGGCAUUUCGCUCGCGGCCAUUAAAAACAAAUUCAAGGGAGACAAAGGGAAAGGAGCGGGCACGAAAGGAAACGCAGCCAUUUAUUCUUCGGACGAAGAAGGGUCGGACGUGGAGACGGGGCGACGUAAGAAAAAUAUCGACAAAAAGAGAGCGCUUAAAUCGUUGGCCGAUUCCGAUGACAGUGAGGCCGGGUCAGGAUCGGAGGGUUCGCACGGAACGCGCUCACGAUCCAAUUCCGCAUCCGGUUCUGGGUCGGGUGGUGAAGGAUCUGGUAGCGAGAAGAGUGGCAAAGGGGGUAAUAAUUCUGAAGGAGAUAGUGACGAGUAG